AUGACUCGUUUUCAGGAGAGCGCUUUGCGGAAUAGCGUUUCAGCUCAGCCCGACAGCGCUGGUAUUCCAUACUGGCAGAAUGAUCAAUUUUCAACUUUGCUAGAAGUUCAGCGCCAGGCAGGGGUCUCACAGUCCACCCUUCAACAUGAUCAGUCGCUCGACCCUGUUUUUGACAAUCCAGGGAUGCUUCAGGCUGGCGUCAAUUCCACGAUGCUUGGUCUUGACAUGACGACUAACGGCUACCGACCCGUCGAUUAUCCUCAAUACCACGACUUUACACAGGUUCAGCAGGAACUCUCCCAGGCUUUAGGGGAAUUUGAUCAGCCACCAUCAGUCGCAUUGCACAUGCCGAAGCGUAUGACCGUGAAGACACCGACCGGACCGAGGUCCAUGCGGAGACCUGGUUUGGCAGGCGCUGCGGCACUCGUCAAUGGUCAAUAUUGCUGCCAGUGGUCAAGUCAUGGUGUGACGUGCGGGCAUAACUUUGCCGAUGCCAAAUCGUUGAACGAUCACAUCCGCGCGCACCAUGUUCGCGGCGCUGCAACUUUCCUCUGCCAGUGGUCUGGAUGCGAUAAGAGUGGAUUUCCAACCGCAAACAAACUUGUGAGGCAUGUUCACAGUCAUACAGGCUAUAAGCCUUAUCCGUGCACACAUUGUCCACAGGCUUUCGUCACCAAGGAUCAGCUGGACAAGCAUCUCACCACCCACACCGGCGCCAAGGACUUUGUCUGCACAUGGCCAGGUUGCGGGCGGUCUUUUGCCGUGAAGCAUGCUCUCGACGGACACACGAACAGUGUUCACUUGAAGGCGAAGAAGCACGUUUGUCCGCAUUGUUCGCAGGCGUUCGACGAUUCCUCAAAUUUGUCCAAACACAAGAAGCAGGUCCACAACAAGGACACGGGUAUACACUGCCCAGCUCGACACAUCAACGGAUGUUCGUACGUGGACAGUCGCAAGGAUAAGAUGAAAGACCAUUGCGAAAAGGAGCAACACGGCCUGGAGAUUGUUCGCGACGCGCAUGCAUGGAAUUUGUGGGUGCAGCGUUUCAAGACAUGCUCCAAGAAGCAUACAGCUCGUCGCCAUUGCCAUCACGUCCUUUCGAACACACCGACAUCGCAAUUCUCAGAGGGAUCAUCGGUGAUAACAUAUCCCGUGCCUAUGCGGAUGCCUGUGGUCGAGUGUAACAAACAAGGCUGUAACCUGCCGAUCUGCGUUCCCUGUCCCAGCUUUUGCCCCGACAUGCAAAGUCUGGACAAUUUGCAUCAUCACGCCGACUUUCAGCAUUUCGCAGACGACCCAUGUGAUCCGUGUGAUCCGCACUGCGACCCAUGCAGCACGCACUGUGAUCCUUGUGAAGACGAUUGCGAUAGCGGUCAUUGCAAUGACGAUCAUUGCGAGCUGGCAGAUGAGCAACAAUGCGGCAACGAGCAGACGUGCACGAUCCCAAACUGCCGGAGCGGGUCAUCGACGCCAUCAUCGCGGCCUGCGACGCCGAUCGAGAUGCCAUCCGAUCCUUAUUUCCCAUACAAUACUAUUUCUGGCGCUGAAGGUGAUUUAUUCCAAGAUCAUGGGCAGCCGUUUCAACUCGCCCAAGGACGCUUGCCGGAGUACAUGUUUACAGGGUAG